AUGUUCUUCUUCAUCGUACUCGACACGCCGUCUCUUCAUCUCCUGGUGCCACGAUUGAUUUUGGCACGCUGCGAAGAUAGAGGGGAGAUAGGCGGUGGGGACAAAGAGGGAGUAUGCGACGAGGAAGAAGUUGAUGGCGAGGUGAUGGCGGGCGCACGGCGUGGAAUCGGCUCUGGUGAUAAUGGCGUAGUAGUCACAGAGGCACGCUUGGGCAGAGCCAUGGGGAAUAGAUGGCGGGUGCCAGGAUAUGGACAACGAAAGGCUACAACACAUUGGCUGUGGCUUACGGGUAUCCCCUGUGUGGGUAUUCUGGUGUAUUCGGAGACUACUGGGGCGGUUGAAGCGCUUAUGACAGAUCUUGCAGAUGAAGACAGUCGAGCAGAGGCGAUCGGCAUUGAGACCAUCUCGCUAGGUCCAAGAGGGACAGCGCGUUACAAAUAUGCGCAACCUGCCCUAGAGUGCAUGUGGUAUCGGAUAGAUCGGACCGUGCUCAAUGCCAACGUGGGUAUCAUGCAAUUGCAGCGCACUCAAGACCAUGUUUUCAGCAAUGGGUGGACCAGGAGUAGCGUAGUUCAGAACAUGAACUAUUCAUAUGCCAAACAAUAUCGCGAAUUCCUGUUUGAUAUUUCCCAAUUCAAUUUAGCCAAUGCCAUGUUCAGGGUUGGCAAAGCAAUCAUAUUUGACUCAUCGUUUUCCAAUACCUUCUCUUCCCCGAUAACUCUCUUUAAUCUUAUUGUCAAAGUCCAGGAUACUCUACUCGAGACACAAUGCGUAACAUCUCUCAAAUACCUAACCCAGUCCGACGGAUCCGUAUCCUCAUUCAAGUCCAAAAUAACAACAGCAAUGCGUGGUACGACUACAUUUGUUGAUGCUCACUCAGGCGAGAUUCUCUCAGUAACCGACUUUGUUGCACAAGAAACAGACACCAUCACCGAAGGCAAAGACACACUCGUAGACCCCGAAGACCAUAUUUCACCCUCUUCAAGCUGGAUCCAGGACAACCAAACUGCUGAAGCCUUUGACUAUCACUACGACACCACCCUCUGUCCCACCAACACAUUCUACAUCAUCAGCAAAGACCACGACUACAUCUACAAGUACGGCUGGACAGAAAUGUCCUACAAUUUACAGUCUAAGAGCUUUGUCAAAGGAGGAGCCGAGGGUGACCGUGUAUUAAUAAGUGUGCACGAUUCUAGCGAAAUGAAUAACACGAAUUUUGCUACGCCGCCCGAUGGUCAAUCUGGGACAUGCAGGAUGUAUAUAUGGACUCUGACGACCCCUCAGCGUAAUGGAGCCCUCCGGAACGACAUCAUCGUACACGAAUUCAUGCACGGAAUCACUAACCUGCCUCACUGGUGGCGGAUGACCGAGCAUAAGGACGCUACCGUCCCAGACUACGUUCUAGCAAGCUGGGUUUUCAAUAACCCCGCCGGGAUCCGAACACACCCUUACUCUACCAAUGCCUCUGUCAACCCUCUCAGAUACUCCUCAAUCCAGAACCUGCAUGAAGUCCACGAUAUCGGCGAAGUAUGGGCAAACAUGCUUCAUAACGUCUACGCCGCGCUAGUCCAAGCACACGGGUUCUCGACAACAGCGAUGGACGAUCUGUCGGGCCUAGAAGGCAACAUUGUAUGGCUCCAUCUCUUCAUCGACACGCACUUUCUCUGCAGCCGUGUAACUCUACCCGUGAGCACAGGCUACAAGCGUGUUGGUUUUAGCUGA